UUUUUUGUGUGUGCAGUGAAUCAUAUAAAAUGUCCUCUCUGUGACAUGACAUGCACGUCCCUUUCCACCCUGAAGAUCCACAUCAAAUUCCGUCACUGCGAUGAGAGGCCCUUCCCAUGUGACUUCUGUGAGAGCAGCUUCAAGAACCAGCAUGAUCUGCGGAGACACAUGGAAACACACAAUGAGGGAGCAGCGUACCGCUGCACAGUAGAGGGCUGUGGAUACUCUUCACGCAUGGCACACACCAUGAAUCAGCACUAUAAACGAGUACAUGAGGACAACAUGGUUCCGAGGUAUAAGUGUCACCUUUGUGACAAGACCUUCUCUUGGUGUUACACUCUCACCCUCCACCUUCGAAAGAAGCAUCAACUCAAAUGGCCAUCUGGACACUCCCGUUUUAGGUACAUGAAGGAUGAGGAUGGGUAUCUGCGGCUCAACAUGGUGCGUUUUGAGACUGUAGAGGUUACAGAAGAGUUGAUUAAAAACAUGGCUGAAAAACGCACCCCUCGCAAGGUCUCUGGUUCAACCAGUCACUCCAAGGAGCCAAUGCUGCAUCCCGACAGCGGCAAUAGCACUCCCCAGCACUCUUCCUCACCCUCCUCUCCUUCCUCAUCUUCCUCAACCUCAGAGCUCCUGGAGGGCACUGACAGCAGUGGAUUAAAAGGUGAUGGAACAUCUGUGUAUUGUGUGUUGAACACUGUGACUGAGGUUAGUGGGGAUCCAGAGGAAGUGGCCCAGCCCGGUGGGCCAUCAGGGGCUGUUAGAGCUCUGGCUGCAGUGGCUAGAGGUCUAGGAAUGGAUGUGGUAUAAUCUCAUACCUAUCAAAUGCAGUUUCAUCAGAGAUAACCUGUGUGAGAAUACACAACCUGUUUAACCUCAAUAGAUUAAACAUUUUCCAUUAGAUCAAUGUUUUUAUAAACUAAAAUGCAAAGUUUAGAGGAUGAUGUAUGGCAUCAUCUUUUUUUAG